UAUUAUAAAGCGAAUUACCAUCGUUAUUAGAGAGAGAAGCACAAAUCCCUACUGGACACAAGAGAGGGAGAGCUCACUCACCCACUCCCUCACUUAGGCGCCUCAUACUCUCCCUGCCCUCCCUCCUCACACGUAUUUCCUCCGCCUCCCACAGGUGUGAUGGAGACAGGUACCCCCAGUGGGAGUAUAUUUGGCCAGUCCCAGUUCACAGGGGAGGAGCAGUCAGUCAUUCAGAAUGUGCUGCAGCAGAGGCUUGGCCCGGGGUUCAUCAGCCAGCGCACUGGCCCGGGAGGUCAGCGCCUGGCCUACAUUGAGGGCUGGAAAGUUGUCAUGCUGGCCAAUGAGAUAUUUGGUUUCAAUGGAUGGAGCCACUCAGUCACCAGCCAGACUAUUGACUUUGUGGACCACUACAAUGGGCGUUACUAUGUGGGUGUGAGCUCCAAGGUCCGGGUACAACUGAAGGACGGGGUGUACCAUGAGGACAUCGGCUACGGCGUCUCGGAAGGCAUGAAGAGCAAGGCACUCUCCCUUGAGAAAGCACGCAAGGAGGCAGUGACAGAUGGGCUGAAGAGAGCAUUGAAGGGCUUUGGCAAUGCUAUGGGGAACUGCCUCAGUGAUAAGGACUACAUUCGGUACAUCAGCAAGACUCCAGCCAGUGCACCGCCACCCAUCUGCCCCUCUAGUCUGCUUGAGGCCAGCACCAUCUCAGGUUUGGCUCAGCUGCGUCGGCGAGUCCUGAAUGAAGGCAGGAGACAGAGUCUGCAAAAGAAACCUAAUGGAGAAACCCACCCACAAUAUGAGGCACAGCAAGGCCCCAGCACAGCCAGCCGAGGCACAUCCAGCACGAGCCAGCAGAGUGUAGUGACCAAGACAGCGGGUUUUAGUGCAGAGAAGAGAGAUCCUGAAGCCUCCACCAUCUCCAUCACCAGCACCACCACUGCCUCCACUGCUUCCACCACCACCACCACCACUGCCAUCACCACUGCUCGUAAUACCAAUGAGUCAUUUCCAAACUCAAAACAGGGAAGUAACUCCACUAAACAAGAAUUCCCCGUGGCAGGAAAGCCUAGUUUACCACUAGAGUCAGUCACCAGUUUACCAUCAGGUCCCAAGACUCCUGCAGCAACUGUAAACACAAGCACAGCAAAGGAGUGUCUCACAGCAGAACCAGCACAGCCACCAGCACAGAACCCCUGCAAGCCCUCACUCCCACCGGUACAACAGAACAUCAAUUUGGACACAGACUUGUUUACUGGCAGUGAAUUAGCAUUGUUUGAUAUCCCAACAGAGACAACAACAUUCAAAGCCCAAGGACAGGUAGAUACAUCCACUCCCCCUAAUCCUCCUCCUCCUCCUCCUCCUCCUCCUCCUCCUGCACCUCUUCCUGCACCUCUUCCUUCUCCCUCAUCUUCUUCAUCUUCCCCUAGUGUCCUGUAUCCUCAAGUCAGCAUAAAGAAUCAGGAGGAGAAGGAAAUGUCAACGAAUUCCUUUGUUGGAUUCACUGCAGAUAUGAUUAAUGCAUCACCCAGCAAGAUUUUCAGUGCCUGCUUCAGAGACAACAAGCAGGAAAGGAAGCGGCGCCAGAGAGAGAAGCAGCAGGAGUUUAAAAUGAGGAUGAAGAACAAGAAGAGUGUGGCAGACUCAACACUCUUCUCAGGUUCCAGUGACAUACUUGAUGAUGUCUCUUGGGGGGAGGAACUGGUGGCUGAGGAUGAUCCAAGCUUCUGGGCACAACUUAUGACCCAGCAGCUUAUAGAGGCCCAGGAGGAGGAGCAGCAGACUGAGUCCUUUGCCUUCUCCUUGGGCCUUGCUCCCUCACGCACUAAGGAGCGAUACGAGAACCAGCAGUCCAGUAUCGGCCAGGUGGGACGUGCCUCCUCCUCUGCAGCCUUCAGCCUGUCUGCUGCCAACCCCAGCAAGACAGUGUAUGGAAAGCCAGCCAUCUGUAUGAGACAAAGCAAUACUGUUCACAAGAAUGGGUUUGGCUUGUCUUCCAACAGGAAUCAAAUUAAUGGGAACUGUGCAAGGCCUUCCAGUUCGGUAGUGAGCAGCACACACAGCUACAGGCUCCAGCAGGAUUCAGGUAACGCUAUUGUGGGUGAUUAUGUGCAGGUGAAGGUGGAGAAGGAUUAUGAUGAGAAUGGUGGCAGCAACAGCAGCAGGGUCGGGUUUGGCGAGGGCGAGGACGGCUCCCUGUGGCGCUCUCCUCGCGUCAACAAAGGAAACACCAACAAGUAUGAGGAUUUUAAGGUUCCCAUGUCUCGCAGCAAUGGGUUCGUGGAUGGCAGGAGGAGUCCACUCUUUCAGAACAAGAAGAGGAGACUAGAUGGCAGUGUAUAAUUGAUCAGUAUUGUGGUUGACUCUUGCAGUACUGUUGCCUGUGUACGCUGCAACAAUAGGAGGAGCGAAUCCCAGGCUUUUCUGUGAAUUCUCUGUGAUCCUUGUUGUUGUGAUGACCUGUCUGUACUCAUGCCUGGUGAUAAGUUUGCUACUAAGUUCAGUUUAGUUAUGGGCAGUGUGCACAUUGUCCUUCCUUAGAUUGCAUGCUAACCAACUUUUUUGCAUCCAUAUUUUUUAUAGAUAGGUCACUCCUGGUGUUUGAGCUUUAUAUAAUACUAUACCAUUGUCUGCUUAGUCAAAACUAUUUAUUCUUGGUUUAUUAAAUGCAUUAGUUGUGUAUACUAUCUUAAUUAUUGUAGUGUUAGCUGUUACUAUUACCUCUGUUCACGCUGACUGACGAACCUCUUAUUACCAUCAUUCAGGUGAGAGAGAGAGAGUGAAAGAGAGAGGGGCUGUGAAAUAUGUGUGAGAAGGCAUGCCAUGUCUAGUCAUAAGUAAGAUGAAUGAGUAGAUGCUUGUCUUUUUAUACCUUUGAAUAUCUCACUGGUGGAGUGUGAGGGGAGACAGGUGGAUGGCAUCUCUUAAGUAUGAUAGGAAUUCAAGUGGAAAUGUGAAAAUUAACUGUGAAGAUACCACAAGCAAAAUUCCAUGUAUUGAUUUGCACUGCAUUUUGAAUAUCUGACAUUUUGACACAGUGUUCCAACUAUGAUGAUACAAUUACGGGAGCUGGUGGAUGCUUGGUGGAAAAUAUAUAUUGAUUUCUUAGUA